AUGGUCUCACUGCUUGCUGGUCCAAAGAAAGUGAGAAACUUCCUGUGGGGUGAGCCUCCAUCAGACCCUGCUGAGCGCAAGCUUCUCUUCAAGAUCGACUGGUUCGUCCUUUCGUAUGUGUGCAGUGUGUACUGGGUUAACUACUUGGACAGAUCCAACGUCUCAAAUGCAUACGUCUCUGGUAUGAAAGCCGAUUUGAAUAUGAAGGGGGAUGAGUUCAAUGUCAUCAACACCGUCUUCACCGUCGGUUACAUCGUGGGCAUGGUGCCAAACAACAUCAUGCUCUUGAAAGUCAGACCAAAGUACUGGCUGACGUUCUGCUGUGCUGCCUGGGGGUUGUUGACUCUUGGUCUUUACAAGGUCCAUAGCUAUCGCCAGAUCUGUGCCAUUAGAUUCUUCCAGGCCUUGUUCGAGUCAUCGACGUUUUCUGGAUCCCAUCUUAUCCUCGGUAGCUGGUAUAACUCUGAAGAUAUCGUCAACAUCGACACAGGCAGAGUUCAGACCUCCGAAUUAGCAAAGAGAAGUGCAAUCUUCACGGGUUCAGGUCUCUUGGGCUCAAUCUUUUCCUCCUUUAUGCAAGCUGCCAUCCAUACCAACAUGGAUGGCUACCGUGGGCUUGCAGGCUGGAGAUGGCUGUUCAUUAUCGACUUCAUCAUCACUGUGCCUAUCUGUAUCUACGGGUUCGUCUUCUUCCCUGAUACACCAGAUACCUGUAAGGCCUUCUACUUCAAAGCCGAAGAGAUUGAGAUGGCCAAGGCCCGUGUGAAGAAUCCAAAGAUGGAGAGUCACUUCGACUGGUCAGUUAUCAGAAGAGUCAUUGGAAGAUGGCACUGGUGGCUCUUUUCAUUCCUGUGGGUCCUCGGUGGUGAGAAUGAGUCCUUCGGCUCAAACUCGCUGUUCGCCCUUUGGCUGAAGAAUGACCCUUCUUAUACCGUUGCCCAAAUUAACCACUACCCAAUGGGCAUGUAUGGUGUUGGUAUCGUUGCAACUUUCUGCUGUGCCUUGUAUGUUGAUCAUACCGGUGGUCGUUACCAUUGGCACGUGGCAGUAUUCAUUGCACUGUCAGUGCUGAUCUCUGCAAUAAUGAUCCUGGCAAACCCUUUGAAGACCAGCGUCAUGUUUGCUGCUCAGUACAUCUCUGGUAUCUCCUACGCUGGCCAGGCAACCUUCUUUGCCUGGGCUAACCUGGUCACUCGUCACGAUUUACAGGAACGUGCCAUUGUGCUUGCCUCGAUGAACAUGUUCUCAGGUGCCGUCAACGCAUGGUACUCGCUAUUGCUGUACAAGGCCACCACGGUUCCAAAGUUCAGACCAGGUGCCAUUGCCAUGAUCUGCACCACCGUUCUUACAAUCAUCACAGCUGCUGUUAUCAGAUACCUGCAACUGAGAGAGCAGAAGAACGAGAAGCUCAACUUGCACAUGAUCACUGGGAAGAGCUCAGACUCUACAGACUUAGAGAUCGGCUCCGUGGAGGGCUUACCAGCAAAGUCAAGUGCAAAAGUCGAGGUCCUUGCCAUGGACUCCAAGGAGAAAGAGCUCGUCUAG